UGCAAUUGUUCUCCUUUGUAAAGUUCUAAAAAGAAAAAGGGUGUGAUUGAGUUAAUGAAGAGGGAGUGAGGAAAUGGUGCACAGCGCGUACGAUUGCGUGGAGCUGGUGCGUGAGUGCUCUGCCAAGAUCGAAUCCGUCGAAGCCUACGGUUCGAAGCUCCUACUAGGUUGCUCCGAUGGAUCGCUCCGAAUAUUCGCGCCGGAAACGGAAUUCUCCUCCGAUGGGUCCAAGUCCUACGCGUUGGAAAGGAACCUUGUCGGGUUCGCGAAGAAGCCCGUGCUAUCAAUGGCGGUGGUGGAGUCGCGAGAGCUCCUCAUAUCACUCUCCGAAUCUAUCGCUUUCCACAAACUACCUUCCUUCGAGACCAUCGCGGUGAUCACCAAGGCCAAGGGCGCCAACAUCUUCUGCUGGGACCACCGCCGAGGCUUCCUCUGCUUCGCCAGGCAGAAGCGCGUUUGCAUCUUCAGACACGAUGGUGGCAGGGGAUUUGUGGAGGUGAAAGAGUAUGGCGUGGGGGAUACGGUGAAGUCCAUGUGUUGGUGCGGCGAGAAUAUAUGUUUGGGGAUUAGAAGAGAGUACGUGAUUCUGAAUGCUUCGAAUGGAACUUUGUCCGAGGUUUUCACUUCGGGGAGACUAGCGCCUCCUCUGGUCGUUUCUCUUCCCACUGGAGAACUCCUUCUUGGAAAGGAGAACAUUGGGGUUUUUGUGGACCAAAAUGGGAAGCUUCUUCCCGAAGGUAGGAUUUGCUGGUCUGAGGCUCCUUUGGAAGUUGUGAUUCAGAAGCCGUACGCUAUAGCUUUGCUGCCCAGAUUUGUGGAGAUUCGAUCUCUCCGAGCUCCUUAUUCUUUGAUACAGACAGUUGUUCUUCGAAAUGUCCGCCACCUUUGCCAGAGCAAUGAUUCCAUGAUACUUGCUUUGGAUAAUUCAGUUCAUGGACUCUUCCCUGUUCCCCUUGGAGCCCAGAUAGUCCAAUUAACAGCUUCUGGCAACUUUGAGGAGGCCUUGUCACUGUGCAAACUUCUUCCACCUGAAGAUUUAAGUCUCCGUGCUGCAAAAGAGGGUUCAAUUCAUAUAAGAUAUGCUCACUAUCUUUUUGAGAAUGGGAGCUAUGAAGAAGCUAUGGAACAUUUUCUGGCAUCUCAAGUAGAUAUAACCCAUGUGCUUUCACUGUAUCCAUCCAUUAUUCUUCCAACCACAACUAUUGUUCACGAGCUAGAAAAGUUGGACAUUUAUGGGGAUGCUUCAUAUCUCUCAAGAGCUUCUUCAGGUGUGUCAGAUGAUAUGGAACCCUCAUCAACAUCUCAUAUGUUAGAAUCUGAUGAGAAUGCAGCACUUGAAUCCAAGAAAAUGAACCAUAAUAUGCUUAUGGCUCUCAUAAAAUACUUACAGAAGAAGAGAUAUAGUUUUAUUGAGAAGGCCACUGCUGAAGGAACUGAAGAAGUCGUUUUAGAUGCUGUUGGGGAUAACUUUGCAUCUUACAACAGGCUUAAGAAAUCAAACAAGGGGCGUGGUAGUAUGUCUGUUAGUUCUGGAGCUCGGGAGAUGGCUUCAAUAUUGGAUACUGCUUUACUCCAAGCAUUGCUUCUAACUGGACAACCUUCAGUGGCUUUAGAGUUACUGAGAUGUGUUAACUACUGUGAUUUGAAAAUAUGUGAAGAAAUACUUCGAAAAGACAACCACAAUGUUGCUUUAUUAGAACUUUACAAGCACAACUCAUUGCAUCGGGAGGCUCUUGAACUUCUUCACAAAUUGGUGGAUGAGUCAAAAUCUAGCCAGUCUAAAAUUACACAAAGAUUCAAGCCUGAGGAUAUUGUGGAGUAUCUCAAGCCACUCUGUGGGACAGACCCUAUUCUUGUACUAGAGUUCUCAAUGCUUGUUCUUGAAAGCUGCCCAUCUCAAACUAUAGAGCUCUUUCUGUCUGGAAACAUUCCAGCAGAUAUGGUGAGCUCAUAUUUGAAGAAGCAUUCUCCAACCAUGCAAGCUAGGUACUUGGAGCUCAUGCUUGCAAUGAAUGAGAAUGCGGUAUCUGGCAAUUUGCAGAAUGAAAUGGUACACAUAUAUCUUUCUGAAGUACUCGAUUGGCAUGCUGGUUUAUGUGCUCAACAAAAAUGGGAUGAGAAAGAUUAUUCCCCAACAAGAAAAAAGUUAUUGUCUGCCUUGGAGACCAUUGCAGGAUACAAUCCAGAGGCUUUGCUAAAACGCCUUCCACCAGAUGCUUUAUAUGAAGAGCGUGCGAUAUUGUUGGGAAAAAUGAACCAACAUGAAUUGGCAUUAUCUUUGUAUGUUCACAAGCUCAAUGCUCCAGAACUAGCGUUGUCAUAUUGUGAUCGGGUCUAUGAGUCUAUGCGCCAGCCAUCUGCAAAAUAUUCCAGUAACAUAUACCUUGUGCUUUUGCAAAUUUAUUUGAAUCCUCGAAGGACCACAGCAGGUUUUGAAAAGAGAAUUACAAAUCUAUUAUCCCCACAGAAUAAAACCAUUCCAAAGCUUACUUCUACGGCAUCCAUGAGAAGUAGAGCUCGAGGGUCUAAGAAAAUUGCUGCAAUAGAGGGUGCAGAGGACACAAAAGUUAGUUUAAGUAGCACUGACAGUGGCAGGAGUGAUGGUGAUGCAGAUGAAUAUAGUGAGGGUAGUUCUACUACUAUCAUGCUUGAUGAGGUCCUUGAUUUGUUGAGCCGCAGGUGGGAUAGAAUAAAUGGAGCUCAGGCCCUUAAACUUCUACCGAAAGAGACAAAAUUACAGGACCUGCUCUCAUUUCUUGGACCCCUUUUGAAAAAAUCAAGUGAAAUGUACCGAAACUGUUCGGUGAUCAAGAGCUUGAGACAAAGUGAGAACCUUCAGGUGAAAGAUGAACUGUACAGUCAGAGGAAAACGGUAGUCAAGAUAACCGGAGAUAGCAUGUGCUCUCUGUGCCAUAAGAAAAUAGGGACUAGUGUUUUUGCUGUCUACCCAAAUGGUAGCACUCUCGUGCACUUUGUCUGUUUCAGAGAUUCUCAAAAUAUGAAAGUGAUUGGCAAAGGGUCUCAAUUGAAGAAGCGAUUAUGAAACUGCUGGCUAUAUCAAUUGGUGCUCCGGUUGUGUUGUUUGAGUGUGCUUUUACACAUGGAACCUGCUGAUUGGUGGAUUAUGAUGAUCACUAUAAUUUGCCCUUCAAAGGACCUUUUUUUGGCGUCAAUUUGUGUGGAAAGUGAGAUUUGAUAUUUUGAAGAUCCUCCUAUCCUAAAGUGAGAUCUAGAAAUUGUGAAAUUGCGUAGGUGAAUGCUUAUAUUUUUUUCUUCAGUUGUAAUGUAAAUAUUGAGUUAGAGGAUUUAUUUUGAGCAUUGAAAGGGAGUAGAUUUCCUCCCUCACGUGUUAUAUUGUCCUCACCAAAAUGUGAAAGUCAAAUUUGAGUAUUUA